UCCGUUAAGAUCUCUCAUCCUUCAAUCAACAGCUAACAAGUAAUUGAAGUAGAUAUAUAGCUAGAAUAUUGAUCCCAAUGAAGGGAGUUCAACAUUUCCUUGUAUUUUUUUCCCUAUUGAUAUUGGGUGUCACAUUAGCCUCAGCCUCAGAUCCUAGCCCUCUUCAGGACUUUUGUGUUGCACUCAAUAGCACCAAGCAUGCUGUAUUUGUAAAUGGGAAGUUGUGCAAGGAUCCAAAACUUGCCACAGCAGAUGAUUUCUUCUUUUCUGGUCUUGAUAAACCAGGAAACACAUCCAAUGCAGUGGGAUCAAGAGUUACUCCUGUUAAUGUUGAUCAAAUACCGGGACUUAACACUCUUGGUAUAUCAUUGGUUCGAAUCGACUAUGCACCUAAUGGUGGUCAAAACCCUCCUCACACGCACCCUCGCGCCACAGAAAUCCUAGUUGUGACAAAGGGUACACUCUAUGUUGGCUUUGUAACAUCGAACCCCGAUAACCGAUUAUUUACCAAAGUACUGAAGACAGGCGAUGUGUUUGUUUUCCCUGUUGGCCUCAUUCACUUCCAGUUCAAUAUCGGGAAGACCAAUGCCAUUGCCUUUGCUGGUCUCAGCAGCCAAAACCCAGGAGUUAUAACUAUAGCCAAUGCUGUUUUUGGUUCCAACCCAGCCAUCAAUAGUGAAGUCCUUGCUAAGGCCUUCAAACUUGAUAAGAAAAUGGUGGAAUAUCUUCAAACUCAGUUCUGAUCAGAUAAAUUUAGUUCUUUGCUACUUUGUUUUGAACCAUUUUCCUUUGUAUCCUCGUUGUUUCAAUGCUUGCACCUCCCCCUUUGUCUAUGUUUGGUCAUUUAAUGUACAAGUUCAUGAUUUAGUGUGUUUUCUGUUUUUAUCUAUGUUUGCUAAAACCAUUUGCGAAAUUCAAAAGUAUCUCAUACACAGUA